AUGAUAUCUGGGGUUGUAAUCCUGUGUUAUCUGAUAACAGUUCCGACCAGUCUUACCAAGUCUUUUGUAAAUCAAGCGGGCUACAGCACCAUAACCACAGAAAACUCUGGACCAGUCAGCGUUGUUUUUCACAAUGGACUUCCAAACCUUUACGUUCCUUUACCGUCACGCAAAGAAACUUGCGUCUUCAUCCUAAAGCCCUUACAACACACCCUGGGUGAUUUGGCCAGUUUCAUCAAAUCAGAAGAUCAUGGAGUGGAUCACGUCGCAUUCCUGAAUAAGGACGGAGUGCGAAUUGCCAAAUCCAACAGCGUUGCCGACUUGCUUUCAUCUGAAUUUCAAUUGGUUAUAAACAACGAAAAGUACUCCGUUUGCCCCCCUUCUCGUGAAAACAGCAGCUGCACGGCAGCUGCAGACGAGUUGGCGGAUGUGAAGAGACUGGUAACACAUUUGGCCAGCACUCUGCAUGCAGACGAGUUUCAUCUCCAGCAACAGCGUAACCUGGAACGGCGAAUAGAGGACGUUUGUUCGCAGUUGGAGCCCUUUGAGCAACAAAAAGCCCAAAUCUCGGAAGACUGCGCUAAACGAACCCGUCGUCUCACUUGGUUGGGAUUGGGCGCGAUGGGUCUGCAGUUCGGUUUGCUGGCUCGACUCACUUGGUGGGAGUAUUCUUGGGAUAUUAUGGAACCGGUAACUUACUUCGUCGGCUAUGGGACAAGUAUGGCGAUCUAUGCGUACUACGUGGUCACACGUCAGAAUUAUGAAUUCCCGCAAGUAUUCGACCGCGAAUAUUUGAAGCGAUUCUAUAAGUUGGCCGAUAGACAUUCAUUUGAUGUACAUCGGUACAACGAACUCCGUGAACAGUUGGCCGACUUGAAAUCAGAACUUCGAAGAUUGCGCGAUCCUUUGCUGUGCAAUUUACCGCUGCAACAAGUCGGUUACCUAAUUCCGGAGCAUGUGGAAGACAGUGUCGCUCGUGGACCGGUGUCGUUCGUUUCUGGCACAGACAAUGCCCAACAGUUUCUAACCAUGGUAACCGCAUUUUUUCACCAAGGGGACAGCUGUAAAGACAAUGGGGUCUUCGAUGCUCCUGUGCUCUCGCCCCCUCCAGUGGCUAGGCUGUAUUUCGAAACAGGCCGACGUUAG